UAGAAACCGUAAUUAGGUCAACACGCCGCGACCACGUGGUUCUUGUUGAUAUUCGACGACUUCUGGGCCAUUUCAUCAUUCUUUUUCUGAUUGCAUCAUCGUUCGAGAUAUUUAAUAGGCUAUCGAGAAUUUGUAUCCGGCUUCGAAUAACAGAGUUCUUCACAGUGGCCUUGAUUCUAGUCUGGUGGCCGCCCUGGUGGUCAAGAAUGCCAAGGAGCUGGGCGUACCAUACAAAGUGCAGACCUUUGCCACUGGGAUGCCUGGGAGCACUGACAUCCUUGCAGCAAGAAAGGUUGCAGAUUUUCUUGGCACAGAACACCAUGAAGUGUUCUUCACAGAGGAGGAAGGAAUACAGGCACUUGGUGACGUCAUCCGUCACCUGGAGAGUUAUGACAUCACAACAGUCAGGGCCUCUACAGGAAUGUACCUUGUCAGCAAGUACAUCUCGGAGAACACGGACUCAGUGGUGAUAUUCUCUGGUGAAGGAGCCGACGAGCUGUGUCAAGGGUACAUCUACUUCCAUAACGCCCCCACUGCAGAAGAGGCGGACGUGGAGAGCAGACGACUUCUGGAUGACCUUUACCUUUAUGAUGUGCUAAGGGGCGACAGGACAACAGCUGGAUGGGGACUUGAACUGCGUGUGCCGUUCUUAGACCAUCAGUUUACCAGCUAUUAUCUCUCCAUCGACCCCAAACUUCGUCAGCCAAAGGACGGAGUUGAGAAGUAUCUCUUACGCUCAGCCUUUGACCAGGAAAACCUCAUCCCCAAUGAUAUUUUGUGGCGGCCCAAGGAGGCCUUCAGCGAUGGAGUGUCGUCUGAGAAACGGUCGUGGCAUCACGUUAUACAGGAGUAUGUGGCUUCUAGGAUUAACAACGAGGACAUGGAGAACGCCCCCAAGAAGUAUCCAUUCAACCCUCCGCGUACUAAAGAGGCCUACUACUUCCGGCAGCUGUUUGAGCAGUAUUAUCCAGGAAAGGCUCCGUGGAUCCCUUACUACUGGAUGCCCAAGUGGUCCAAAACCGACGAUCCGUCAGCUAGGACGCUGAAGCACUACAAGUAAAUCAUGAGACGAACAGCCGUACCUGUUGGACGGGACCCUGUUCAGAUUAUUCGCUGGACUAUUUUAUUUUUAUUGUCUAUUAUGGAAAGUAUUUGAAAAUGACACAAUUAUUAGUGUAUGUUAACCAUUAUUGUUGAACCUAUGUUGACGUUGAACUGAUGUUACCUUGAGGAAAAAGGUAUCAGGACUGCCGCAACGUUGAACACCCAAACCCAAUAUAGAGGUACAAUUGAUGUCACAAGCAUGCUCUUCAAAAUAUUUAGUGCACAGGUUGCAAACUAUGUUUGAUUAUUUUUGGGUCCAACUUGAAGAUUUUGUAUCAAAGUUUAACUCUUCUGGAAACAUGAAUAAUAAAAAGUAUUUCAUCGUCUAACCCCAAAAAAGGAACAUACGUUACUGUCACAAAUGCAAAACGUCCAACUGUGAAACGUUUUAUUCACUUCGAAAAAUUAAAUCAUCACUGGUUUUGGUCUUUGAUUUAUCUCCUACAAGUAUAACAUUGUAAAAAAAUUAUAAUAAUCUUCUUUAUUACUUUUUAGCGACUUUAGUUUGCUUGUCACUAAAUUCUAAAAAAAAAGACGAGGAAAAUGCACUCAACCGACAGUUAAAUAAGCAUUAGAUAAAUUAUUUUCCCCUCGUGAUCCAAAUGUUAUAUCAGAAAUGUCAAACUAUCAUCGAAGCACAAGAUAUUUUUCGUUCAGCGUCAGAAAACUCUGUUUUCUAUUGCACCAAAUGAAACUUUUUGACAAUUUUUCUGGGGAACAUACGUAACCUAGUAUUAGCCAUGACGCAACACUUUUUGAGUUAC